AGGGAACCUGACAAAUGAUGUGCAUCUCAAAGCUGCCAGCUGCUCUCCUCAUCCUCUCUGUGGCACUAAUCCACCUGAAAGCUUCACCUGUGGGCAGUGGUACCAACCAUCAGAUGGACAAACGAAAGUGCAACACAGCCACAUGUGCCACACAACGCCUGGCAAACUUUUUGGUCCGUUCCAGCAACAACCUUGGUCCUGUCCUGCCACCAACCAAUGUGGGAUCGAACACGUAUGGCAAGAGAAAUGCGGCCAAGGUUCCAAAUGAGGAAUCCUUGGAUUUCUUACUCCUUUAGAGUCAACAUACUUUUGCAUCUCUUGUAACUUUAUGUAGAAAUACUUUGGUGGUUUCCUGAAUAAUUUAACAGUACCUUUUUUCAUUUCCAGUGUGAAUGCAUAACAAUGUGCCCAUGCUUGCUGACUGUGUUGGUAAAUUCUCAUUCUAAGAAUUGCUUUCAACUAAGUGCUGAUCAAGGACAGGGUGGAGACAAUGUCUCUAAACACAACAUGUUCUUGCUGUACAUUCAUACUUUAGAAAUACUUAAAGUUUCUCCUUUUUUAACUUGUAACUUUAUGGUUCAAGUUUAAAAAUAAAAGAGAGACUAUGUGAGCAUGAAACUUGAAAAGUCAGUAACAGCUAAUAGUAAAUUUUGAUUCUGGACUUUGAAAAAGUAAAUAAUCUAAGUACCUGGUCAGAUGCACUUCAAAAUAAAUUAGAAAACUCUUGUUCUUGUUAAUUAAAAUGUUUAACAAUUGUUUUCUUUAUUGUGCUUGCUGGUGGUAAGAGUCCGUUUGAAAGGAUAAAAGUGGUUUGUGUCCACAGAGGUUUGUUGUUGUUUUCCU